CAGUUGUUAUCGCAGUUGAAACACCCGAAUAUCGUCACCUAUAGAGAGUCCUGGCAGGGGGAAGACGGCCUGUUGUAUAUUGUCAUGGGCUUCUGCGAAGGAGGAGAUCUGUACCAUAAACUUAAAGAGCAGAAGGGCAAACUUCUGCCUGAGAAUCAGGUGGUGGAAUGGUUUGUCCAGAUUGCCAUGGCCUUGCAGUAUUUACACGAGAAGCGCAUUCUGCACAGAGAUCUUAAGACUCAAAACGUUUUUCUGACGCGAACAAAUAUAGUCAAAGUGGGUGACCUCGGAAUAGCCAGAGUGUUGGAAAACCAGUACGACAUGGCCAGCACUCUCAUAGGCACGCCGUACUACAUGAGCCCCGAACUCUUUUCCAACAAACCCUACAACUACAAGUCUGAUGUUUGGGCAUUGGGCUGCUGCGUUUAUGAAAUGGCUACGCUGAAACAUGCCUUUAAUGCUAAAGACAUGAACUCUUUGGUCUAUCGAAUUAUUGAAGGAAAGCUGCCCCCCAUGCCAAAGGAUUACAGCCCACAGUUGGUAGAGAUAAUACGAACCAUGCUCAGUAAAAAGCCUGAGGAAAGACCCAGUGUGAAAAGCAUACUAAGACAGCCGUAUAUCAAGCAACAAAUCUCUCUGUUUCUGGAAGCCACGAAGGCGAAAACGGCCAAAAGUCAUAAGAAAACACUGGAUUCUAAACUUAAAGAUCCUUGUUCUGUGGUCUCAGCGAAGCAUGAAUCUCAUAACAAGAAUGUUGCACACCAAAAUCAGUCCUUUGAGCAAGCCAAGAAAAAUAAGAAUGAAGAAGAACGCAUCAUCAAAUAUAAAGCCACCAAAUUUUGUCCCUCAGAGAAACCAGCUGUUGAGUUGGGAAGAAAACCAAGCAGUAAUGAUUUGAACAGUCUGGGAGAUUCCUUAGCUACAAUUAGUAAAGUGGAUAUUGAUAUUUUGCCAUCUGAAAAGAGGACAUACGGAAGUGAGAAGUGUGGCGAUGAGCAUAUUCCAGAGGAUAAUAAAGCAAAGUACUUAAAUGGUCCAGGGGAUUCUAAAACAACAUACAGUAGAUCACCGAUUAAGGAGGAUGAACUACAGCAAAAAACAAAGCAAGCUUUUAAAGCUGAAAGUGUUGAGUCUAAGCAGUCUGCUGUUGAUGCUAUAAAUAAAGAUGACGACACUUUGAAACUCCUGCAGCCUGUACCAAAAGACCAAAAGCAAACUGACCCGAGCUUGGAUUCUACUGAAAAGCUGCUAGAACCAUUUGUUCCUGUUGUAAUUCAAGAAGGUGUCUGUCAUGGAACUUCAGGAGACCCUCAGGAAAGUACUGCCUCUCACUUACACCCUCAUAGUUCUGUCCACGAACCCUCUCUCUCACGGCAGCGACGGCAGAAGAAAAGGGAGCUGUCCGAAGUCUGUUCAGAGAAGGUGCAGUUUGGAGCAGUUGCUCCUCAGCCUUUACCUUUUCCUUCCAAUGUGAUCGUAAAGACAACACAGGGCUGCGCAGAGCAUGGUGCCAAAGUCUCUGAAUCUGUAAAUAGCACCAAGAACAGUCAAGUUGCCAUUGCAAAGGAGCGGCCUUUGUCAGCGAGAGAGCGUAGGAGGCUAAAACAGUCUCAGGAAGAGAUGCUUCCCUCUGUGAUUCCAGCAAGACGAACGUCAAAUAGUGCAGUAGUUGAAGCAAAAUCACGUGUGGAAAACCAUGUUAAAGUUGCUCAGUCCUCAUCAGAUCCCAGUAUUUCUCAGAAAAAAAGAGUAACCCAUUGCCUGUCUGACGAUGAGUUAAGCUCUUCCACAAGCUCUACAGAUAAGUCUGAUGGAGAUUCCAAGGAGAAAAAAAGCAGUAUGAAUGAAAUGAAUGAUUUGGUGCAGCUAAUGACUUGGACACUGAAAAUGGACUCUAAGGAGAAUUCUGAUUCCUGUGUAACCUCACCUCCAGCCUCAGAGUUUAAACUUCAUAGGAAAUACAGAGACACUUUGAUUUUGCAUGGAAAAUCAUCUCAUGAAUCGGAGGAAUUCAAAUUUGAAGCGUUUCCUUCAGAUAUGCUGUCAGGUCCUGAAAAGAUUAGGAGAAUGGUUGAAAUCCUAAGAUCUGAUGUGGUGCAAGGUUUGGGAGUGAAACUUCUUGAGAAAGUGUACCACGUCAUGGAAGAAGAAGAUGAAGUGAAGAGAGAGCUGCAGUUGCGGGAACACAUGGGAGACAAGUAUGCAAGCUACAGUGUGAAGGCACGCCACUUGAAAUUUCUUGAAGAAAAUGUGAAGUUCUGACCAGAUUAAGACUUUUCCCUUGGGGAGAAGACCACAGUUUUAGAGCUCGUUCGAUAGACUGGACCAGCUUACGAGGCAUGUUUAUCCUUUGAGCUCCUUUGCUGGGGUAAAGGGGAUGAGCUUGAAAAAAAUGUUACAGCAUUAGUUGUAGUAAUAUUUUCUAUGUUAAAAUGUGAACCAGGCUAUCACUCUCUCAGAAGAGGAACUGUAUGUUUAGUUCUUAUUCUCUUAAUGAAACUUGAGAAGAGUUUGUUUCAUAGAUGCAAAGAUGGAUGGAUACCAAGUUUUGUAUAGAAAGUAGCAUCCAAAAAAUGAUGUUUUGGUUUGAAUUAGUCAUAAACUGUUUUGGUAUGGUGAUAUACUAAAUACAGUAAGAGAAAUCUACGCCACGGUUAUAGCGUGCUAGGGACUAAGCCAUUUUAUCAACUAUCUAUGACGUUUUACUGGUUUUUGCCCACUAAAGGCCCCUGCAGAGUCUGUAAACUGCUAAGUUAAAAUGCUAAAGGGGUUUGCUGUAUUGCUUUCAAGCAUAGUGAAUUUGGCCCUAGCUUUUGUGUUUUAUUGCUAAGGCCAUCACCACGGUGGCAGAAAGCACUUAGUAACUGGAUAAAACAAGCCUGAAAAUGUUUGAAAGGAGCAGCCAUGGUUACCAUGGUCACGGCUGGAGAAAGUCCUUUCCCCUUACAAGUACUAAUUCCUUUUAGGAACCAAAGCGUCCAAGACCAGGGCCAUUUAGUCUAAUAGGUUUGACUUAGCUUUUCCUUUGGCAUGCACUUUGGUUAGAUUGCGUUACUACACGUGCCCAGGUAUUGUCAUGUGACAUCAUUAUGGAGAAAGCACGUGUGUUCUUUUUAAAGGAUAAUUAAGUCAUUAAGGGAAUCGAUUUUGUAAAAUAAAUUUGUAAAACC